GGCGGCGGCGGUUGCGGCUGGUGCCGGGCCGGGCCUGGCCAGGCGGGCUAGUGCGGGCGAGGGAUGGAGAUUUUAAGGAUAACCUGAGCAAAGUCUGUGAAGCCAUCGAAGAGGCGGACUUCCUGGCCAUUGAUGGGGAGUUUUCAGGGAUCAGCGAUGGGCCUUCUGUUAGUGCAUUAACCAAUGGCUUUGACACUCCAGAAGAAAGGUAUCAGAAACUUAAAAAGAGACAACUUGGAGACAGGAAAAGCUAUGUUAAGACCACAGGAGAUCUGCAGUCUACCAGCCUUCCCUCUGGCAUGUGUUUGUAAAGGCAGACAAAGUCCAAAAGGUGAACAUGCGUGGGCAUCAUUAUGCAGCAUUCCAUGGAUUUUUUGCUCUUUCAGUUUGGCCUUUGCACUUUUAAAUAUGACCACACUGAAGACAAGUAUAUAAUGAAGUCAUUUAAUUUCUAUAUUUUUCCAAAACCCUUUAACAGAAGUUCACCAGAUGUCAAGUUUGUCUGUCAGAGUUCAAGUAUAGAUUUUUUAGCAAACCAAGGAUUUGAUUUUAAUAAAGUUUUUCGCAACGGAAUUCCGUAUUUAAAUCAGGAAGAAGAAAGACAGCUAAGGGAACAGUAUGAUGAAAAACGUUCUCAGGCCAAUGGUGCAGGAUCUCUCUCCUAUAUUUCUCCCAAUACCACAAAAUGUCCUGUCACAAUUCCUGAAGAUCAGAAAAAAUUCAUUGAGAAAGUAGUGGAACAGAUAGAAGAAUUGUUAAAGAAUGAAGAAAAUGAAAGUUUGGAACUGGAGCCAUGUACAGGAUUUCAGAGGAAAUUAAUUUAUCAGACCUUGAGCUGGAAGUAUCCAAAAGGUAUCCAUGUUGAAACUCUGGAGUCAGAUAAGAAAGAGAGAUAUAUUGUUAUUAGCAAGGUAGAUGAUGAAGAACGAAAAAGAAGAGAACAGCAGAAACAAGCAAAGGAACAGGAAGAACUGAAUGAUGCGGUAGGAUUUUCCAGAGUUGUUCAUGCUAUUGCAAAUUCUGGCAAGCUUGUUAUUGGGCACAACAUGCUGCUUGAUGUUAUGCAUACUAUACACCAGUUCUAUUGUCCUCUUCCUGAUGACCUAAGUGAGUUCAAAGAAGUAACAUCAUGUGUCUUUCCCCGGCUAUUGGAUACAAAACUGAUGGCAAGUACACAACCUUUUAAGGAGAUCAUUAAUAAUACGUCCCUUGCAGAACUGGAAAAACGUUUAAAAGAAGUUCCAUUCAGUCCUCCUAAAGUUGAAAGUGCAGAAGGAUUUCCAAGUUAUGAUACCUCUUCUGAACAGCUUCAUGAAGCGGGAUAUGAUGCUUACAUUACUGGACUGUGCUUCAUCUCCAUGGCUAAUUUCCUAGGUUCGUUCCUCAGUCCUCCAAAAAAUCAUGUGUCUGCUAGAUCAAAACUCAUAGAACCCUUUUUUAACAAGCUAUUUCUUAUGAGAGUAAUGGACAUUCCAUAUCUGAAUUUGGAAGGACCAGACUUACAGCCUAAACGAGAUCAUGUUCUUCAUGUUACUUUUCCCAAAGAGUGGAAGACGAGUGACCUUUACCAGCUUUUUAGUGCCUUUGGUAACAUUCAGGUGUCAUGGAUAGAUGACACAUCAGCAUUUGUAUCAUUAAGUCAGCCAGAACAAGUACAAAUAGCUGUAAACACCAGCAGGUAUGCUGAAAGUUAUAGGAUCCAGACAUAUGCUGAAUAUGUUGAGAAAAAACAUGAAGAAAAACAGGCAAAGAGAAAAUGUACAGAAGAUAGUUGGAAGGAGAUGGAGAGAAAGCGGUUAAAAACUCAAUGUGCACCUUACGUUUCCCAGAGUCGAUACUACUGUGUUAACAGUUUUACAGGUAACAGUACAGUGGGAAAGAGAAGCAUGAGUCCUAUUCAGGAAGAAACUGGUUCUGAUGAUGUGGAAGAGGGAGAAGAUCCAGAAUACAAUCAGACAGACUCCUGUGCAGAGCCCCUCCCAGAUAGUAAGAAGAGAGCCAAAAAGUUCAAAAAGAUCAAGAAAGAACAAGUUCCAGCAGGAAGCUUCACAAGUAGUUCCACUGAAAUUUUUGAAGUCCCUGAAACAUGGUAGGAAACAACUGCCUGAACAAGUGGAAUUGAUUGACAGCAGUUGUAAGAACACACCUCCUGGAAGCCAUACUUUAUUUAAAUAUAAAUGGUGUUAACAAAGCAGUAUGUGUCCUGAAAAUCAGUUUAAUUAUUUUAAACUGUUUACUGAACAAUCACUGUCAAUUUUACUUGUGCAUAUAUUAACUAGUAUAUGAUUGUUGUUGAUCAUGUGAAAUCCUUGUUGUCGUAAAUGAUGUUAGAUUUAAGAAGCAAGACUAAAUGUUUUUUGGUCACCUCCUUUGGCAUGCUGGCUAUGAAAUGUACAAAAAAAACUGGCACUCUGAUUUCAUGCUAGGCUGUUUCCUGUGCUUGAGGGGACUUACCACAAAUCUCCUAAUCUUUAGAUAUUUUUUAAGGCAAUGUCAGUAUGCGUGAUGUCAGCAUUCUUGACACAGGUAGAACUGCAGUUUCACAUAUUGCUUUCUACCAGUUACUCUAUCUGGAAUUUUUUUUUUUUUACUUUUUCAUUCUCUACUCCCACUCUCCACCCCCAGUGCAGCCAGUGUUCCUCUAAAUACUAACUUUACACAUACCAUAUCCUUUUAAAACAAAUAAAAAAAUAAAUUUAACUUACGUGGUUCUCAAACAUGAAUAUCCUAGUGGGAGGUAGUUUUUCUUUGUUUUCACAUCCUGCUGUUUUCACUCUUAAGUCUUGAUCUAUUUCUUCCCCACCUUCUUCCCCAGCUUGUGGGGUUUUUGUAAAAAUGUUUUUUUGGUACCUGUGACAAACCUGCUAACUGCACCAGCCCUUUAUUUGUUUAAAAAAGAUCUGCAUUGGUAGAUUUCAGAAAAUGUUUGAUAUUUAACAUUUUUGUAUCAUGGAAAUAAAAACAAAAGAUGUAUUUCCAUAAAAUGAAAAUUAAAAAAAUUUUCUUAGGAAUUUGUUUGUUUUUAUUUAUUAGCUUCUGAAAUGGUUUUCAUGUGCUCUUGUUUUGCUAAGACAUAAUAUGACACUUUUUAAUUUUCAUAAUGAUUGCAGCCUGUGACUAGCAGAGCCUUUGGGUCCAUGGACUACUUUCAAGAUAUUUGUGAAUUGUAAUCAGGAAAAGCAAGCCUGUUAUAAUACGAUGCAAAUUGCUGUGCAUUUCCCUUGGAAAAAGAGUUUUAUAAAACAGCAAGUUCAAAACAUUUAUUUGAAAGAGUGGUUUAGAAGUGGUUAAGAAGCUUUCACUGGAUUGUAUUUACAUUACAGUGUGAAUCAUUGUCACUUAAACAAUGCAAUAACCUGUCUGAAGGUAUGGCUUUUUUUUUUUUUUUUUUUAUGAUUGGGAGAACUAUCUUGAACUUGCAUUGCAAAAGGAAAAAAUCUAAAUUCCUCAAAUGUGAAAUGUUCUAUUUCUAAAGUUGGAACUGCCUGGAGUAGUAGAACUAAGGGUGGUGUGUUUUUUUUUUUUUAUUUGUUUUUAAUAGCAGACUAAUAUCACAUUCUUACAUAAAAAUGUGGGAAAGAAGACUGUUAGUAGUGAUGCAAGGGGAAGUUAGUAACUGAGUUCUUCUGCUCUCAAGGAUCCAGAGGGUCCUCAUCUCUAAAACUUGAGUCUUAAGUUGCUUUUAUCUUGAGUAUUCAAACCUACAAAGAAACUGUGAAUUCAGUUCUCAGAAUGUAUGCAACAGUUAAAACAAACAGUGUAUAAAAUGAGUCAUCUCCAUAAGAGAUAAAUAAUUUAUUACAGAAUCUUAACCAAAUGUUGAGUUUGUUAUUUGCUAUACAUCCUAAAGAACUGGCAUAAUGUAUUUUUGGGAGAGCUCAGAGUUAUGAUGUCGAAAGGAUACAAAAGCAUUUAAAGGGACUGCCAGAAAUACCCAGUAAGAUUAUAGCUCUUGAACAGAGACUUGCUUUUGAGCCUGUUGCAGAGAAUCUACCUAAAGUCUUUAUCUUAAGGCUGUUACAAUCUGUCUGGCACUGACUUCAGUCUUGAAUGACAAUACUUACAUACCAACACAGGAAAAUGUCUUAAUUUCACUACAGUAUAGAACCUUAAAUCCUUUAAUUUAUUUUUUUUUCUCCAGAGCAGGCUGGGUAUAUAUUGUAAGCUACAAAUGUUAAUAGACAUUACCACUGUUUCCACCUUUUUCCCUAACCUGAAUAGACAUUUUAGAGAGCAGGAUGUUACUUAUCUCUAGCUAUAUUUAAUACCCCUUAAGAAAAUACUAUUUUGUUUUCUAGUCCUGCCAUACUGCUUGAUUUUAUGAGGUAACACCUAGUUAAACUAAUAAAACGUGAUUAGAUUGGUACUAUGAUAUUUCUAAUAUAAUGUUUGGGUGGAGAACAGUCAGGGACAGAUGCUGUUGUAAGGAGGAACUGACCCUAUUUAUAUUGCAUCAAAAUUCAUGGUAUGUUUUUUAGUAUGCUUGCCCUUCACGUUAAAUGAAAUCACUAAUUCUAGCAGGAAAGGAAUGUAGCUUCUUAAAUUAGAUCCACAUUUGUUUCCUAAUGUAUGUUUAAAAUAUGUGCAUAGAAUUUGCAUUUGGUGGUGGUUGUGGUGUUUCUCAAAAAAAACAAGAAACAAAAAGGUUGUCAUCACUAGUCUUUAUGGCUACAAAGUCUUGAGUUGUGAUCUCUAGGGUUUUAUGUGCUUUUACAUGACUUGUGAGGCAUCCUUCAUGCUGUUUCAUUAUGAAGCUGGGACAUGAAGAAAGCAAGUGAGGUAGGUGGGCUGACUUCCACCUCUUUAGAGGGGUCAGAAUGUGCUUGUUUGACUGAAACUUGAUAAUGAUUGUUUAUCAAUUGUGACUGAAUGCUUCAUUGUUUGAAUUGAAAAGCAAGUUAAAACUGUACUUAAAUUGAUAACUUUCAAAUCAAUCUCAAGUAUAUAUGGGUGACCAGUAUUAGCUUGUAUCGGAAAGCACAGGAUUGGCAUCCAGGAGUAUAGUAAGUUUAUGGUGGAUGAGAAAUAAAGAAAAAAGAGAACUGUAUAGCACAGUGAAAGGGAAGAGCAUGGGUGUCCCUGCAGCAUGUAUUUGAAGAGGGACAGGUAAGAGAGAAUGAAGCCUGGAGGGGAAUGAACAUAACAUUAACGUUUCUGGGAGUAGCAUUAACAAGUAAUGAUAACAUUUAUGAGAGUGCAACAGACUAUUCUUGAUCUCAGUUUUGAGCUUGUUUUGGAGUAAAAAUCUAAAGGCUGCAGAUGAUUUAGAUGGAUAACUAAAUUAAACCUAUCCAUCUAGUGGAGAAACGGAGAGAGGUAAAAAGCUAUAAUUUACAGUGAUUCUGGAAGAAAAAAAAAAUUUGCUCUUCAAACUUUUGAGUUCUGUCAUGGUGCCCAGAAAAUGUCUGGUCUACUGGACGUGCUCUGUAUCUUUAAAUCAUGGUAAAUGCAAUGCAGAUAAAAAUGUCCUCUGUGCUUAAGCUGCCGAGAAAACCCAUGAAUGCUCUUGGUAAUCAAAAGUUCUUGGCUUCUGAAGUGAAGUGUUGAGGCUAUUGCCAGCUGUCCAGAUGUGUACGCUGAAGAUUCCUGAAGUUACUCCACAGUACAUUUAGACAAGCAACUGUGUAUUCAUUUACUAAAUGUACUGUUGUGGCUUUAAGCUGAAACGGAGGUAACUUUAUAUGCUUACAGAGAUAUUGCUGCACCUUCACUGGAUGAGAAGCAAUAGAUGGUGGGUUAGGCUGGGAUUUAUAGGGUCAUUAUACAUGUAAUAAAGAUAUAUACAUAUUUUUUUUGCUUUAGAAAGUAUACAUGAAGCUCCUUCAAAAAAUAAAAAUAAGUUAAUAUUCUAUGAGAAUCGUUAUUGGCCAUGAACAUUAUAGCAGAUCAUGGGUAGGUCACAGCUCAAGAACUAAUUUGGAAUGUAUCUAUUCGUACAUAUAGUACAGAAAACUUUAAAUGAAACUGUGCCAAGUUAAAUUUCUGUCCUUGCAUUCAUUUUUUUUUUUUUGAAAAUAACUGGGAGCUGUACUCAUACAUGAGCAGUCUUUAGUCAAUACAUUCUUGCAAAUGAUUUUUUGUUUUAUUAUUGGAGUCACUUAUAUGAUCUGGUUGGUAUUAGUAUGCAAUUGAACAUGAAAAUCUGGAGGUUGGCUGUGCCAAGCCUGAUUUGUGAUAUGCUUACAACCCAUCAAAUGAUUGAUAAUACCAUUGUUUUAGAGUUGAUUACUUCAAAUUCAGCUUUUGAAGUUGGCAAAUCCAUUUAAAAGUCUCAAAGACACUUGGUACUGUUAUUGGGGUGAGAACUGCUCUUUUGUUUGAUUCUGAAGUCUUUGUAAAGAACUUUCAGUAAUGAGUCUGUGUUCAUAUGUAUGUGUUAUUUACGUAUACAUCUUUUAAACUUUUAGCUUAAACAUCUUUGUCUUUCUCAAAUGUGAUUGUACACUUAGAAUGUUCAAAGAAGACUGAACAUGUGUGUUAUCAGUUAUCUAAUUUUAAAAUUAAAAGUUAGAUGACUUCA